GAUCUCAUGGAUGAUCGAGGAUCUGGACGCCAUCGAGCCGGCGCCGCUGGAGUCGCAGAGGACGCCGACGAGACUCUGCAGCUGCGAGGGGGUCGACGUUAUCAGUCGUCACGAGCGCGGUCAGCUAUGGAAGUUUCGCAGCACCGAGGUGAGAUGGGGCACCAGCACCUUCCUGUCGCCCGACGAUGCGAUCUUGGAUCUGAGGAGGCGCACCAGCGAGACCACGGAGUUCCGCUGGGAGCUCCAUACCUCGAGCACCGAUUUGGAUCUCGCUAGAAAGACGAGGUGCAGUUGCCACAGCCUGACCCCGGAAGUGAAGAAACCGGAGGGAACGCAACGCGGCGAUCUCAGGAAGCACCACAGCGCGGAAACGGACAAAUGGUCUGACAGACCGGAGAAUAUGCUGAUGCCGAUACACGACCUAAGGAAGCACAGUAGCGACGACACGAGAUUCGCGAGAGAUGCAAAAUGGCUGCAAGUGCCGGACGUGAUGCCCAAUCCGAAGCCCAAGUGCACUUGUCCCAAGGUGAAGACUCCGCCACCGCCGUCACCUAUAGAACAGAAGGUGCUGGCGGCGGAGCCGGAGAAACCAGUGCAGAAGGAAGAGAAAAGACUGUACUAUUCGAAAUCUCUGACGCCCGACGAGUCAGCCGUGCCGUGGGAGAAACCGGAAAUGAAAAGGCAAGUCAGCGAGGAUCCGAGAGCCGUUAGGAAGGAAAAGUCGAGAGAGCGACCGAAGCUGGAGCGCUCCGCUCAGGUGAGAAGCGAGAGUUCCAGAAGAUGGGGCUUCAAGGACAAGGAAAAGGAUAAGGAAAAGGAGAAAAUCAUCAGUCCGGCGGAGAGCAAGAAGCCGUUACGAGCAAGAUGGGCGAUGAAGCCGCACGUCUCUCUGCCCGCCGAGACGAAAAAGUCGUCAAAGUGGUACAGGAGCCAAGACGAACCGAAGAGCAAGAGUCUACGCGAGCGGCCCAAGUACAGCAUACGCAGGAGCAUGUCACCGGAACCAGAUCCGCGGCAGAUGAACAGGCUGGAGAACAGGAUCGUGCGACGUCUGAUCUCACCGGAGAUCAGCAUCACGAGCACCAAGUGGGCACCCUACGAGGAUUCGUCACCGUUACCGACUAUCGGGAUAAAGAAGCGCGAGCAAAAGCACAUCAGCGAGAUCAAGUGGACGCCGUACGACGAAUCGCCGAGCGACAUCCCGGUCGAGGUGAUUGACGAUAAGAAAUGGUCACCCUUCCACAACGUCACCCCCCCGGAUUGUCCGCCACCGGUGGCGGCUACCCCCAUCAAGAGCGACGACGAGGACUUCCGGUGGCGGAUCCUUAAUCAGGUCGCGCCGUUCCCGCUCUACCAGGGCGGCUGGAAGGACGAGUCGCCGGAGAAGACACCGCCGAAGAAGAUCACCACGCCGGAAGAACUGGGGACACCGGUCUGGUCGCCGAUGGUCCCCGUCACGCCAACCAGCAAGCGGAAGAGUAUCGCGCAGCCCCAGGAUCAAUCGCCGGAAUUCUCGCCGACGGCGCGCAGACCCAGCAAGCCCCGACUCACCCGCAAAGGUGCGUUCAGAGCGAAAACGUCGGUCCCCGCCACCAAUCCGUUGGAGGACAGACUGCCCCAGGCCGGGCCACCGCCGAAGAUUACGCCGCCACCGAUGGUGAUGGUGCGCGCCGCUAGCGAGGACUCUAAACGGCAGAGGCCCCUGCUGACCAGGUCCAAGGCCCUGCUGGAGGUGCCGCACAUAGACGCGACGAAGAGGUCGCUGAGCGAGGAGGGACCGCGAGUACGUCACCGCGAGCGCCCUAAAGUACCCACAAGAACUCGCAGCGAGGAGGUAUCCAAGUACGACGAUCCCUGGUUCAGAUCCGAGUCGCCCGAGAUGCGCGAAUACGUCACGACAGUGUGACAGUAGCUUCCAGGAACCAUCGCCGACGGCAUUGGUCUCCAUAUUUCGUAACCGCUUAACUAAAGACAGCUCAGCAUCGUGCGAGAUUGCACGUAUAAACGAAGAUCGUGUUGUACAGCUUAUAUACGCGAGAGGAAUUAUUAUUUUCUAAUACAUCCAUAUUAUUAUCGUGGUUUUAUAAAGUUAUCGAAUAAAAACAAUAAAAAAGAAAUAAAAUCGAACUGAAAUAGAGCGAGAUGACGACUGUUGAAAGAGAAGCUAUUCGGGGAAGGAGGCGUCCGAAGGACUACGUUUCACUGUUCCCUCGCAAGGGCCUCACGAAGAAUACCACAUCUUCGAAACCACCUAAAAGACGAGACGGCGGGCCGGGGGACGAAAAGAUGAACAAGGAUCUGGAAAGGCAAGAAGAGAUGAGAGUUUCUAAUACGCGAUCGUCCGCGCAAUGGACGCUGUGAAAACUUCGUUGGCCUACACGAAGACUACGAUGGAAAAUAUCGAAGGGAGAGGAAGCUGGAAAAAAAUCACAUCGACGAAUCGACGAUCAUUGCCAUGAGAAAGAGAGAGAGAGAGAGAGAGAGAGGAGCUAGAGGAAUCGGACGGGAGUCGAGGGGUCAAGGGACUGACUAUUAAUUAAAUAGCGUAAUAUAUACGUGUGAGUUUUCUCGUCGCGCUCGUCGAGGAGAAGGCAUUCAUUCCUCCUCUCGUGCGCGAUGAGCCUGAAUGUUCUCAGCUCAAGACGACAUGCAAACGAUCGCGCUUGCGACCGGGCGGACGUCGCGAACUUUAGGGUGGAGCAAAGGGGAGAGGGGGUGGGAAAGAAAAAUCCGGUUUGCGUCGCCCGGUGUGCGAGACGACGGUUCAAUUGUAGCGCGUUGAUUGAUAGCCUCUAACGUAAUUAGUAUAUAAUACUAACGAUUAAAGUAUCGACUAGUAGGGAUAAUAACGAUGACGUGAGUCUGUAGCGCGAUUAAAGAGAGAAAGAGAGAUGCGUCCGCGAUUGAGAAUCGAGCGAGAGAGAUCCGCUCGAUCUCGCGGAUGGAUCGUGCGCGAGAUGCUAAGUAUAAAUUGGUGUAUGUACGCCGCGUACAUAUAUGCGUUAAUUAAAUGUAAAACAUUUGUAACGUUCGCGAGUAGACGGGUAUGCAAGAGGGGGAGAAAAGAGAAGGAAAAUCGCGAAGAUGAUGCGCGUUUCGAGAGCGCAUCGCGAUGUCAAAGCGAUCGAAAUUGCCUCGUUCCAGGGGUAAAUCUGAUUCCCGAGCUGGAUCCGCUCUCGAUCGAGAGCCCCUCUCAUCCUACAGCUCGGUAUGAGGUCACCGACUCUCUUUGUUAUUCGUUCUCACCUUUCUUGCGUUCUCUUUAUAUACGUGAUAUCAGCGAGAUCGUCGAACGAGCGACUGAUCGAUUUCGUUCGUACGGACGACAAUCCAGCGUGAAUAGAGGAGAAAUUGGGAGCGCAUACAUAAAAAUAAUAUGUAUGCGCCCCGUGUGUGCCGGUGCGUGCAAUAUUAAUUAAGGACAGGUCGGUGGACAACCCGUGUACGAAUAAAUGGGGUACUAAGGUGGGGUGGAAAGCCGACAGAUUUUAGGUAUCCGUGGGGACGAUCGGCUUGCGCGUGACUCAAUCAUUUCUCCCUUUUUUUUUUCUCCUUUUCUUUUCUUUUUUUAUCCACUCGCCACGUCGCCGCUCGCGCGAGAAUGUCUCGUCGCCCCCUCUUGGACUGGGGGAGGAGAGGGGGAGGGGGAGAUGCCCCGCACGAACCUAUCCCUUGUGAACUUUUCUAUAUCGCGUGUCUCGAGAACGACGAGGACUCGGCUCGUGAUCACUGCUUAAGGGGUGCUCUCUCGCUUAGGUGCGUCCCUUAUUAAGGACGCGUUAAUUGCACACGAGCGACGACGUUGAUCAGUUGGCGAUUAUCCGUUGCUGAGACACGCCGGCUCUCCGUUUUUCCCCUCUCGUCGGCGGAUACGUCCGAUCUCGUGUCGCGCGAAUUUAGGCCGCCCUUAGGAUAUAAUUAGGGCAUAAUUUUAUUUUAUUUUUUAUUUAUUUAUUUAUUUUUAGGAUAAUACCGUAAUUAGCGCUGCGGGACAAAUCGCUCAUCCGAUAAGUUUGUGCGCGGAAUUUCGUAACAAGUACUUCACUCACUUUCUCUCUCUCUCUCUCUCUCUCUUUCUCUCCCUCUCUCUCUCUCUCUCUCUCUCUCUCUCUCCGAGAGCUCCCUUUCGUUUCCCUCUACUUUCAUCGAUCUCUAUAAUCGAACCACCGAUCGAUGAACGAUUAGUGAUAUUACGACUAGCGAUAGAAGUUAACUUGGGUAUCCGUAACGAAGUAUAUCCGAAGAGAGGCCGUUACGUCGUUCGUUUACGUCUGCAUUCCGUUCGGAUUCCGCCUUGUGAGCGUCACGAGAUCGAGCGCGAUCGUCGGCGAACGUGCGUUUUUCUUAAGGGAAAGGAUUUUCUUCUAAAGGAGAAGAAAAGGGAAACAGAUCUCUCUCGCGUCGAGAUAGCAGGAACAAAGUGUCAAAAUAAAAUGCAAAGAUCGCGCAGCUCGCUUUGACGAGACGGGGCAACGGACCCUCCUCAGACGACUUAAGGGCUUAAGACUGAUCCGCCCUACGAUAUCUCGCGGUUUAUCCGGACGCGGGAAACUGGAACUUCGUGGCGAAAAACGCACAUGGGGAGGGAAUUGUCAAGCGGAUGAGAAAACGCGAUGCAUUCGAGCGAACGCGCGGCUCGUCCCGCAAAGAUUCCCGCUCACGGAUGAGAGGGAAUUAUAUUACACACACACAUACAUACAUGCAUUAUGCGCUACAUAGCCAUUCGUUUCUCCACGAGAAUUACAUAUACAUAUAUAUAUAUAUAUAUAUAUACAUAAAAAUAUAGUUUUCUCCCUCGUAGUGCGUACACAUAGCAGUUUAUUACAAGCGCGCGCGUACCACUGUAUGAUAUUAUAUAUAGCGUAAAAAAAAAAAAAACGCGCGCGCGAGA